GCGGCCUCAUUCCGAGGCGGGCGGGCGCGGAGCGCGGCGCGGGCGGGCGGGCGGACGAGCGGGCCGGGCCGGCCGAGGAUGCCGCUCGGGACGCCGCGGUCCUCGUGCCAGUGAGCGCCGAGCGCCACCGCAGCCAUGACCGUGGAGUUCGAGGAGUGCAUCAAGGACUCGCCGCGGUUCAGGGCGACCAUCGAUGAGGUGGAGACAGAUGUGGUGGAGAUAGAGGCCAAACUGGACAAGCUGGUCAAGCUGUGCAGCGGAAUGAUCGAGGCUGGCAAGGUCUACGUCACAACGAACAGGCUUUUCGUGAGCGGUGUCCGAGACCUGUCUCAGCAAUGCCAGGGUGACCCUGUCAUCUCGGAAUGUCUACAGAGGUUUGGAGACAGCCUGCAGGAGAUGGUCAACUACCACAUGAUCCUAUUUGACCAGGCCCAGAGGUCCGUGCGGCAGCAGCUCCACAACUUCGUCAAAGAGGAUGUGCGGAAGUUCAAGGAGACCAAGAAGCAGUUUGACAAAGUGCGGGAGGACUUGGAGCUGGCCCUGGUGAGGAAUGCCCAGGCUCCGCGGCACCGGCCCCACGAGGUGGAGGAGGCCACAGGUGCGCUGACCCUGACCCGCAAGUGCUUCCGCCACCUGGCGCUGGACUACGUGCUGCAGAUCAACGUUCUCCAGGCCAAGAAGAAGUUUGAGAUCUUGGAUUCUAUGCUGUCCUUCAUGCACGCCCAGUACAGCUUCUUCCAGCAAGGCUACAGCCUGCUGCACCAGCUGGACCCCUACAUGAAGAAGCUGGCAGCAGAGCUGGACCAGCUGGUGAUCGACUCAGCAGUGGAGAAGCGGGAGAUGGAGCAUAGGCACGCUGCCAUCCAGCAGCGGACGCUGCUGCAGGACUUCUCCUACGAUGAGCCCAAAGCAGAGUUUGACGUGGACGCUCCCAGCGGGGUGGUGAUGGAGGGCUACCUCUUCAAGAGGGCCAGCAACGCCUUCAAGACGUGGAACCGGCGCUGGUUCUCCAUCCAGAAUAGCCAGCUGGUCUACCAGAAGAAGCUGAAGGACGUGCUGACCGUGGUGGUGGACGACCUCCGCCUGUGCUCUGUGAAGCCAUGUGAAGACAUCGAGCGGAGGUUCUGCUUUGAGGUCGUGUCACCCACCAAGAGCUGCAUGCUGCAGGCUGAUUCAGAGAAGCUGCGGCAGGCCUGGGUUCAAGCUGUGCAAGCCAGCAUCGCCUCCGCCUACCGGGAGAGCCCAGACAGCUGCUACAGCGAGAGGCUGGACCGCACAGCAUCCCCAUCCACAAGCAGCAUUGACUCCACCACGGACCCCCGGGAGCGCGGCGUCAGGGGCGAGAGCGUGCUGCAGCGCGUGCAGAGUGUGGCUGGCAAUGGCCAGUGUGGCGACUGCGGCCAGCUGGACCCCCGCUGGGCCAGCAUCAACCUGGGCGUGCUGCUCUGCAUCGAGUGCUCGGGCAUCCACAGGAGCCUGGGUGUCCACUGCUCCAAGGUGCGGUCCCUGACUCUGGACUCAUGGGAGCCAGAGCUGCUGAAGCUGAUGUGUGAGCUUGGGAACAGCACCGUGAACCAGAUUUAUGAGGCCCAGUGUGAGGGGCCGGGCAGCAGGAAGCCCUCGGCCAGCAGCCCCAGGCAGGACAAGGAGGCCUGGAUCAAGGACAAGUACGUGGAAAAGAAGUUCCUGCGGAAGCUGCCCUCUGCACCGUCCCGGGAGGCCCCGCGACGCUGGCGGGCGCAGAAGUGCCAGCGCCACCACAGCUCCCCCCGUGCCCCUAACACCCGCCGCAAGGUCCGGAUGGAGCCUGUCCUGCCCUCCGUGGCUGCUCUGUGCUCAGGCGCCAUGGAGCGGAGGUUCCGCCGGGAUUCCCUUUUCUGCCCUGAUGAGCUGGACUCCCUCUUCUCCUAUUUUGACGCAGGGGCUGCUGCGGCGGGUCCACGCAACCCCGCAGGUCUGAGCAGCGACAGUGGCUUAGGGGGCAGCUCCGACGGCAGCUCGGACAUCCUGGCUUUCGGCGCGGGCUCCGUGGUCGACAGUGUCACUGAGGAGGAGGGUGCAGAGUCGGAGGAGUCCAGCGGUGAGGCGGACGGGGAGGCAGAGGCCUGGGGGCUGGCGGAUGUGCGUGAGCUGCACCCGGGUCUACUGGCGCACCGUGCGGCGCGCACCCGCGACCUUCCUGCGCUGGCUGCGGCGCUGGCCCACGGGGCCGAGGUCAACUGGGCAGACGCGGAGGACGAGGGCAAGACGCCAUUGGUACAGGCGGUGCUGGGGGGCUCCUUGAUCGUUUGUGAAUUCCUCCUGCAAAACGGAGCGGACGUGAACCAAAGAGACAGUCGGGGCCGCGCGCCCCUGCACCACGCCACGCUCCUGGGCCGCACAGGACAGGUCUGCCUGUUCUUGAAGCGGGGUGCCGACCAGCACGCCUUGGACCACGAGCAGCAAGACCCUCUGAGCAUCGCAAUCCAGGAGGCAAACGCCGACAUUGUCACUCUGCUCCGUCUCGCGCGCAUGGCGGAGGAGAUGCGCGAGGCCGAGGCACCCCCGGGCCAGCCGGGCCCCCUGGCGGGCAGUAGCCCCACGGAGCUCCAGUACCGCAGGUGCAUCCAGGAGUUCAUCAGCCUCCAUCUGGAGGAGAGCUAGGGUGGGGCCGGCCGGGAAGUGGCGGGACCCCCGCC